AAUAUUCUUAUUUCUAUACGGGUACGGCACAUGAUCUCCGCAGUAUAUUGUUAUGAUGAGCGAAGAAUGGCGGACGUUGUCAUUGUUGGAUACUUGUUUACAUUUUUGCUUAUAAAUGCCUGUUGCGCUGGACUACCAGGUCUCGAAGUGGACCAGGACGAUUCUUCAAGCAUGCCUGCACCAGCCCAGCGCAAUCAAGUUACAGAUGAUACAAAUAAUAAGAUAGAUUUUUACCCCAGUUCACCCCGUUACCAAUGCUACAACUGCGAGCACGAGAACUGCGACAACUCGUCACGCGUGACCGUGUGUGACGGGGCGUUAUUCUGCUUCAAGUCUAGCGUGCGUGAUGGCGACGUCGUGACCUACUCCCGCGGCUGCAGCAAUCAAGACGAGCAUUACCAUUUCACAUGCCGCACUGCAUCUCAUCAAACUGGCGUACGCAAACGCCAAGCGGGCGGCACGCACAACGUGAGCUGCUGCCGCGGGAACCUGUGCAACGCGGGGGACUUUCCGUCGCUGCCCGGCGACGCGGCCGUGGAGCCGCUGGCGGCGCAGGCCUGGCACACGUGGGCCGGCGUGGCCGGGGGGCUGGGUGCCGUGGCUCUCAUGGCCGUCGUGGCCGUCUUCGUGCUCAGAAGGAUGCACAGACUUCGCGUUUCCCGUGCGGCUCACCACAAACUGGGCCCCGACUCGCACUACUUCUCCAGUAAUGUGUACAGCCCCCACGUCACCAGCGCCUAUUAUGAAGGCAUGGACGGAUCCCAAACGGGCAACGGCAACGGGCUGAAGGCUGUACCCGCAGGGGACUCGACGUUGCGGGAGUACCUGGAGUGUUCAGUGAGCUCAGGAUCCGGUUCAGGGCUGCCGCUGAUGGUGCAGCGCACGCUGGCCAAGCAGGUGUCGCUCAUCGACUGCGUCGGGAAGGGCCGCUACGGCGAGGUGUGGCGCGGCUCGUGGUACGCGGACAGCGUGGCCGUGAAAAUCUUCUUCUCACGAGACGAGGCCUCGUGGCGCCGCGAGACGGAGGUCUUCAGCACCGUGCUGCUGCGGCACGACAACAUCGUGGGCUACAUCGGCAGCGACAUGACGAGCCGGAACAGCUGCACGCAGCUCUGGUUGAUAACGCAUUUCCACCCUCUGGGGUCGCUGUACGAGCAUCUUAACCGAACCACCCUUACUCGGCAUCAAAUGAUGGUAAUUCUUCUGUCCACCGUCAACGGGCUUCUGCACUUACACACCGACAUUCACGGAACACAGGGCAAGCCGGCCAUCGCGCACCGCGACAUCAAGUCCAAGAACAUCCUGGUGAAGGUGAACGGCGAGUGCUGCAUCGCCGACUUCGGGCUGGCCGUGACGCGCCAGCACGUGGCGCAGCGCCUCACGCACAACCCGCGCCAGGGCACCAAGCGCUACAUGAGCCCGGAGAUGCUGGACCAGAGCAUCGACCUGUCGUGCUUCGAGGCCUUCCGCAAGUGCGACCUGUACGCGCUGGGGCUGGUGGCGUGGGAGGUGGCCCGGCGCGUGUUCCCGGCGCGGGAGUACCGCGCGCCCUUCGCCGACCUCGUGCCCGCCGACCCCAGCUUCGAGGAGAUGCGCAAGAUCGUGUGCGUGGACGGCGCGCGCCCCGACCCGCCCGACGACCCGCACCCCACAAUGGUAGGCAUAGCGAAGUUAAUGCAAGAAUGCUGGCAUCAAAACCCAUCGGUGCGACUACCUGCGCUCAGGAUCAAGAAGACCUUGCUCAAGCUCGCCAUGAAUGACAACUCCAUACACCUCAACGACGAAAAUGAGGUCUCUGUUUGAAGGUACUAUGGUAUCUAAUGGAGAAUGCAUCAUUAAAAAUUCACAGAAUUAUGACGUAUGAAGACCAAUUGGUCUAAUAUUUGACCAAUGUAAGUUGACACCCGUGCCAUAAGCAAACUUUACUAUAGACAGAUGAACUAAUAAUAGUUCUUUCGACUUUAUAUUGAAGAAAAAUUUCAACGAAAACAACAUGUUAAAACUGAUCAUCAUCAUCUUAUAUGUACUUGAAAUUUUGAUAAAAAAUUUGACGCUUUUCAAAGUCAUACCGUUAGUACCGUUUUUGUUAUAUCACAUAUAAGUUGGUGAUGUCGGAAUUGGUACAAUGGCGUUGUGUAGUGGCAGCUAUUCGUGAUGUGAUCUUUAUUCCCAACAAUACCACUGGUGGAUAUGGUCCUACAGUGAUAUUAACCAUUAAAAAGGGAAAGGGAAUAAUGUUUCUAAGUCUGUGAGAUGUAUGGCCUUAACAUGACAUAGUUUUAUAUGUAAUUAAAAAGUAAUUUUUAUUAAAACAAAAAGGAAACGACUUCAAACUUUGCUUAUAUGUAUGUACAUACAAACUGAAACUAAAAUGUUGAC